AUGGGAAUUUUACUCAAUGCGACUGAACUUCCAUCCAAAGAUUUAUUGGCCGUCUACCAUGCAUUCGAAUAUGCGAUGUUUGCUUUCACAAUCCUGAUCGUGGGCUAUACUCUCACUGUUAUGUCGAUUUGUAAGUGAGACAAUAACCCGAUAAGGCUAAGGCUUUAUUUUAGCGCCAUCUAAAGGCCUCGGAAAAUACAAGUGGUAUCUGAUCCAUGGCAUCAUAUGGUAACUGGAGUUCGCAUUACUAAAAUUUUUAGGGGCUUCUUUUUUGACGCUAUGUCCUCAUUAAUUGGAGCCGUUACGUUAUUUCCUUUGCCUUGCUACUACGGUGUAAAUCUUGCUUCAAAAAUUACGGGUAAUAUGCAAAUAUUUUACUUUUGGGUUGGUGCCAACUGCAUGAUCGGCAAGAUCUACGCCACAUUUAUUCAAUUUGAGCAUCGUUUUCAACAAGCCCUGCCCUUAGAUUCGUGGUACCGGACGUUCCUCGGAUUUCUCCAUGGGCGGUACGAGAUUCACAUCCGAGUUCUCCUUUAUCUGUUUGUAUUCGCGACUGUCAAUGUGGGUCUAAUUGGGGUCAUUUUAAAAAACGGUGUUCUUUAGAUUCCAUGGGUAAUGUUGCUGCCAAACCAAGAAGACCAACGCUCCUUCCUCUCCAAUAUGGACCCUGUUCUUGCCUGGAUAUACCACGAAAAUCCCAGUACGACAUGCUUCUCGGGCGGAGUGAGCAGCCUAAUAGCGAACAUAGCCGCAGCAUGGGGAGCUUUGCUUGUUCUGGCGCAAGUAUUUCUCUUGUUCUUUAUCUAUGUCAGCAUCCACCAAUCCAAAUUUACUCCAAACACGUACCGCUUGCAAAUGAUGUUGUUCUGGUCGUUGGUUGCGCAAAUGGUCGUCUUGUUUGUAUUCAUGAUGGGCCCAGGAAUCCUUUAUCUAGCCGGAGCUACACUGGGAUUGCGGAAUAUGCCGAGGAUCAGCGUUUAUUGCUUCUUCUUCUUUGUCUCUCAUACAACUGUCGACAGUUUGAUGCUGUUAUUUUUUAUCAAGCCGUAUCGAAGAGUUGUUCUUCUUAGUGUUAGACGGAUCCUUAAUACGACAAACAUUUUAGACCAACGGUCGACGGUUUCCGGCACAACUGUCGAAAUCAAAAUGGUGAAGUAA